CCCAUAUAAAAGCACCAACAAAAAGGACUAAUGCUUUGCAGUCUAGGGUUUUAUUGCAGCAGCCGCGGCGUCUUUCUCUUCCAGCAGGUGUCAAGGUUCUUCCGUAGCUCGCCAAAAUGACCAAGAGAACCAAGAAGGCUGGUAUUGUCGGGAAAUACGGUACCCGUUAUGGUGCCAGUUUGAGGAAGCAGAUCAAGAAGAUGGAGGUCAGUCAGCACAGCAAGUACUUCUGUGAGUUCUGCGGAAAGUAUGCCGUCAAGAGGAAAGCUGUUGGUAUUUGGGGUUGCAAGGACUGUGGCAAAGUGAAAGCUGGCGGUGCUUACACAUUGAACACUGCUAGCGCUGUUACCGUAAGGAGCACUAUCCGAAGGCUUAGGGAGCAGACAGAGAGCUAGUCAUUUAGCUGCUAGCUAAUUUAAAGUUGAAAUUGAUAUAGUUUCACUGUUUGAUAUCUUGGUUUUGCAUUGAAAGAGUUGUAUUGUCUACUGUUUUUGAAAAUUUUGAUUUAGCCUAAGCAUUGGAACAAUAUUCCCUGUGUGACUUAUCCCAGAUCUUAUUUUCUCUAUCUUAUCAAGUUGAAGUUUAAUGGGUUUCAUGUUUCCUUGCUGUGCAA